AUGACGAAAAGUGAUUUAUUAUUUGAUAAAGGCAAUGACAAACAUGCUGAAUUUCUAGUUUUUUUUGGUACUUUUGUAGAUACCCCUAAAUUGGGAGAGCUGAGAAUCAGAGAGAGAACGUCUGUUGGAGUUCUCGGUGGAAUCAUCAGAUUUAUCAACAGAAAUUCAUUUGAUCCUAUCAAGGAUUGUUUAGCCUACGAUAGUAGUUUAUCGCCAGAGGAUGUUACUGUGAUUGACACAAUUGGGGAAGAUAAGACUCAACAUAGCACCUUUUAUUUCCCAGGCUUUAUAGAUACGCACAACCAUGUCUCGCAAUACCCCAAUGUGGGUGUAUUUGGAAAUUCUACCCUGCUGGAUUGGCUAGAGAAAUAUACAUUCCCUAUAGAAGCCGCAUUAGCAAACGAAAACAUUGCAAAAGAAGUUUACAAUAAAGUAAUAAGCAAGACGCUUUCUCAUGGUACAACAACUGUGGCUUAUUAUAAUACCAUUGAUCUCAAAUCCACUAAGCUCUUGGCUCAGCUAAGCUCCUUAUCGGGGCAGCGUGUUCUUGUUGGGAAGGUAUGCAUGGAUGCCAAUGGACCCGACUAUUAUAUUGAAGAUACUAAAACUUCUUUUGAAAGCACGGUAAAAGUUGUUAAAUACAUACGGGAAACCCUUUGUGACUCUCUCAUAAACCCUAUAGUGACACCAAGGUUUGCUCCCUCUUGUUCCAGAGAAUUGAUGCAACAAUUGUCCAAGCUAGUGAAGGAUGAGGACAUACACGUGCAAACGCACUUGUCGGAAAAUAAGGAGGAGAUACAAUGGGUUCAAGAUUUGUUUCCUGAAUGUGCAAACUAUACUGAUGUAUACGACAAAUACGGACUGCUCACAGAGAAAACAGUACUAGCACACUGUAUUCAUCUGACAGAUGCCGAAGCGCGUGUGAUUAAACAACGACGCUGUGGUAUAUCUCAUUGUCCCAUUUCUAACUCCUCUUUGACCUCAGGAGAGUGUAGGGUUCGAUGGUUGCUGGACCAAGGGAUAAAGGUUGGUCUAGGUACCGACGUUUCAGCUGGUCAUUCUUGUAGCAUACUGGCCACAGGAAGACAGGCUUUUGCAGUUUCAAGGCACUUGGCAAUGAAAAAGACUGACCAUGUGAAACUGUCAGUCUCUGAAUGCCUAUUUCUUGCUACAAUGGGCGGAGCACAAGUCUUGCAUAUGGAUGAUACCUUGGGGACUUUUGAAGUGGGUAAGCAGUUUGACGCCCAAGUGAUCGAUACCGAUGCUCCCGACUCAAACGUGGACAUGUUUCAUUGGCAGUUACAGGGGGAGGACGAAAUGCAAGAGCAAAUGCAAGAUAUUUAUACAAACCCUCCGCUGCUUACCAAAGAAGACAUAAUCGCAAAAUGGUUCUUUAACGGUGAUGAUCGUAACACCACUAAAGUUUGGGUAGCCGGUCACCAAGUUUACCAGGUUUAA